ACCCGUGGAGCAGAAGUAACUGAGCUCAAGUCAAUGCGCAGUGAAGGAAUUCUACUGUGGAAAUUUACCGGACUGUUUAGGAGAUCAACAAAUGGAUUCUUCUACCACUUCUUAUUUUUCUUGAGAUUAAAAAACAGAAAUCGAAUAAUAAUUGAAUUCAAGAAAUUAACUCACCGUUUCCGUUACCUGGUAUUAUUUCUUGGAAUAGGCAUUGUUUCUACUCAUUUGAAUGGGAUGCAAGAUGGAUCUUGGACAUAGUUUGUUUGUUGUGUUCACGUGCUUUUUUGUGGCCAGGUGUCGAACAGAAAUGGGAAAGAACGUCACCGUGGUAGUGAUGCUUCCAGACAAUCAUGUCAAAUAUUCUUUUGCAUUUCCAAGAGUUUUACCGGCAAUUCGUAUGGCCCACGAUGAUAUUAUGAAAAAUGGAAAACUUUUGAAGGGCUAUACUAUUAACCUACUCAACCAUAGUACAGAGUCUCACGGCACUGGUUGUUCAGAAAGUCAAGCUCAAAUAAUGGCUGUGGAUACUAAACUGUACGAGAAACCAGAUGCAUUCUUUGGACCUGGCUGUGUGUAUUCAGUCGCCUCCGUGGGAAGGUUUGUUACCCAUUGGAAGCUCCCUUUGGUGACUGCAUGGGCACCAGCAUUUGGAUUUGAUACAAAGGAGGAAUAUAGAACUAUGGUACGAACGGGCCUCUCCACAACUAAACUUGGGGAGUUCACCCUUUACCUUCACUCGCAUUUCAACUGGACAACUCGGGCAGUUAUGCUGUUCUAUGACUUAAAAGUGGAUGAUAGACCCUAUUACUUCAUCUCUGAGGGGGUUUUCUUUGUUUUGCGUCGUGAAAAUGUUACAGUCGAAGCCGUCCCUUAUGAUGACCAAAAGGGCUCCGAUUAUAAAGAAAUGGUUUCUUCAUUGAAAUCCAACGGAAGAAUUGUGUACAUCUGUGGCCCAUUGGACACCUUCUUGGAACUAAUGAAGAUUUUUCAGAAUGAGGGCCUUGCUCCAGAAGACUAUGCUAUCUUCUAUUUGGAUAUGUUUGCCAAGAGCAUUCUAGAUAAAGAUUACAAACCCUGGGAAAGUCCAGACAUCAACUGGACUGAUCCCAUUAAGCUUUUCAAGUCUGUGUUUGUGAUAACGGCCAAAGAACCAGACAAUCCUGAAUACAAAGCCUUUCAGCGGGAGCUCCAUGUCAGGGCGAAACAGGAGUUUUCAGUCCAGCUGGAGCCAUCUCUGGAGGACUUCAUUGCUGGCUCUUUCUAUGAUGGCUUCAUGCUAUAUGCACAUGCCCUGAAUGAGACCUUAGCUGAAGGAGGAUCACAGAACGAUGGAAUUAACAUCACACAGAAGAUGCGAAACAGGAAAAUAUGGGGUGUUACAGGCCUUUUAAGCACAGACAAAAACAAUGACAGGGACAUGGAUUUCAACCUCUGGGCCAUGACAAAUCACAAAACUGGACAAUACAGUAUUGUGGCGGAUUAUAACGGAACAAAUAAAGAGAUAAUCUGGUCAGAGACGGAGAAAAUCCAGUGGCCAAAAGGGAGCCCACCACUGGAUAACCCACCGUGUGUGUUUUCCAUGGAAGACCCCUCCUGCAGUGAUGCUCAGUUACCUGUUCUUGGGAUUGUUGCUGUGGGAUCUGGGCUUGCACUCAUCAUCUUUGGGAUUUCAAGUUUUCUCAUUUACAGGAAGCUGAAGCUGGAGAAGGAGCUGGCUGGGAUGUUGUGGAGAAUACGAUGGGAGGAGCUGCAGUUUGAAAGUCCCAACAAAUAUCACAAGUGUGCAGGUAGCCGCCUCACCAUCUCACAGAGAGGAUCCAGCUAUGGCUCCCUGAUAACAGCACAUGGAAAGUAUCAGUUAUUUGCAAAAACAGGCUAUUUCAAGGGCAAUUUGGUGGCGAUCAAGCAUGUGAACAAGAAGAGGAUUGAGCUGACAAGACAAGUGCUGUUUGAGCUGAAACAUAUGAGAGAUGUUCAGUUCAACCACUUAACCAGGUUCAUAGGCGCCUGCAUUGACCCGCCGAACAUCUGCAUCGUGACGGAGUACUGCCCCAGGGGGAGCCUGCAGGAUAUACUGGAGAAUGAAAGUAUAAACUUGGACUGGAUGUUUCGUUAUUCACUCAUCAAUGAUAUAGUAAAGGGAAUGAAUUUUCUGCACAACAGCUACAUUGGGUCACAUGGAAAUUUAAAGUCAUCCAACUGUGUGGUAGAUAGCCGAUUCGUAUUGAAAAUUACAGAUUAUGGGCUGGCAAGCUUCCGGUCAUCAUCUGAAAAUGAGGACUCUCAUGCACUUUAUGCAAAGAAACUGUGGACAGCCCCUGAGAUGUUGAUAUAUGACAGACAUCCCCCACAAGGCACGCAGAAGGGGGAUGUGUACAGUUUUGGCAUCAUUCUCCAGGAGAUAGCCCUGAGGAAUGGGCCCUUCUACGUGGAAGGCAUGGACUUGAGCCCUAAAGAGAUCGUGCAGAAGGUGAGGAACGGACAGAAGCCGUACUUCCGGCCCACCACAGACACCAGCUGCCACAGCGAGGAGCUGUCCAUCCUCAUGGAGGGCUGCUGGGCCGAGGACCCCGCGGACCGGCCCGAUUUCAGCCACAUCAAAAUCUUUGUCAUGAAGCUCAACAAAGAAGGGAGCACGAGUAUUCUCAAUAACCUGCUCUCCAGAAUGGAACAGUAUGCCAACAACUUGGAGAACCUGGUAGAGGAACGAACACAGGCUUACCUGGAAGAGAAGAGGAAAGCAGAAAAUCUACUUUACCAAAUCUUGCCGCACUCAGUGGCUGAGCAGCUAAAGCGCGGGGAAACAGUCCAGGCAGAGGCGUUUGACAGCGUAACCAUCUAUUUCAGCGACAUCGUCGGCUUCACGUCAAUGUCAGCGGAAAGCACACCACUGCAGGUUGUGACAUUACUCAAUGAUCUGUACACCUGCUUUGAUGCCAUUAUUGAUAACUUCGACGUGUAUAAGGUGGAAACAAUUGGAGAUGCAUACAUGGUUGUGUCAGGACUCCCAGUGCGUAAUGGGAAACUACAUGCACGAGAGAUUGCAGGGAUGUCAUUAGCCUUACUGGAACAGGUGAAAACCUUCAAGAUUCGGCACAGACCAAACGACCAGCUACGGCUACGGAUAGGCAUCCAUACAGGGCCAGUCUGUGCUGGGGUCGUUGGUUUGAAGAUGCCAAGAUACUGCUUAUUUGGAGAUACUGUCAAUACAGCGUCUCGGAUGGAAUCAAAUGGAGAAGCCUUGAAGAUACACCUUUCGUCAGCUACCAAAGAAGUGCUAGAUGAAUUUGGUUACUUCGAUCUCCAGCUACGAGGGGAUGUAGAAAUGAAGGGCAAAGGCAAAAUGAGGACGUAUUGGCUCCUGGGGGAAAAGACCGAUGUCUAUGUGAUUUGAGGACGGUGUUGAUGAUAUGUGCCUACCGUAUGGUUGAAGAAACCAAGGAGGUGACAGUGGCACAGUUCAUUGUUUUUAUUUGUUCUAAAAUAAGUCUUGAAGGUGUUUUCCUUCCCAAACGGAACAUCAAGAUAUUUACUAUAUGAUACCUUUGAAGAAAGAAAGGUAAUUUCAGGUAGUUUUUCAAGACGUUUUUAUGAAGAACUUAUGAAGAACUUUCUGUCUUGGAAGUGAGUAGUUUUCAAUGAUGAAUUCUAAUUUUUUUGUGCUUUCUAUAUUACAAUUUGUAUAAGGUGUUUGGAAUCAAUGAUUUAUGAAUAAUAUUUCCAUGCAGCAUACAUAACAGAAGGGGGCACAAUUUAAUGAAAGUAAUUUUUGGCACCCAUGGUGGGAACACAUUUCAGGCACCAGGGUCGAUGUGAAGUCCCAUGUUGGUCGUGGUGUAAUACAGGAGCAUACAUGUAAAUAUGUAUAUCCAAGAUAUUGCUAAAUAUUUUGCUCAAUAAAUUGAAUAAAAUGUA